UAGGUUUGUCUAACAGUCAAAUCCCCGACUUUUCCAGUCAAUGGUACGCUCCGGUGACGUAUGCGGAAAUAGUGUUGGAAACACUAUAAGACGCGCUGUGUUUGAUUCAGCGAGUUCAUUUAUGUAAAGAAAAAUACUUGGUUGUCUCUGCUCCAAAUCGACGGUCAGGGCAUCUGUCACAUUGAACGACCAAAGAUGACUGGUUUAAUCUCUUGACCAGAGAUGUUGUUUCACAACUAACAACUUUGUCUAAGACUGCCAAAAUUCAAACAGAGUGAACCCAGCCUUAUAGUUAUCCUGUCAAAAAAUUCUAACACCUGAGCUGUGGAUCGCUGCAGUUCCUCCAGAGUUACAAUGGGACCUGUUUUUGCCCAUCCCAGCACUUCAGUUCAACUCUGACCUGAGCACCCAAGCAUGCAGGAAGACUUGACCCGCAGUCCUAGCUACACAGUGACAUGCGAGGACUAUGUCCACGUGGUCGAAUUCAGCCCUUUCAGCUCGGGUUCCCCUGCCUCUCUCCUUGCCUAUGCUGAAAACCAAUGUGUGGUGGUGGGCACCUGCCUCUUUCAAGAGGAGGACGUGGACGUGGAUGGAGUCCAGUUCAGUGUUCUCCGAGCUUUUCAUUAUGACUUGCGCAUUGAUGCUCUGGCUUGGAGCCCUGAGUCACGGCUGGACAGGAUACCUACCAUCAGAUUUUGCACGGUGGCAGCUGACAGGAAACUACGCCUGCUGACUUCUGAUCUGCAGGAUCGAGAUGAAGUCAAGGUGAUGGAGGGCCACACCAACUACAUUAACCAUUUGGUGUUCGAGCCCACCGAGGGGAAACAAAUCGCUUCAGUCAGCGAUGACCACACUUGCAGGCUGUGGGACCUGGACGGAAACGAAACGACCCUUUUGAGACUUGGCUCUCCAGGUCUGAGUGUGUGCUGGCAUCCACAGGAAGUGUUUAAGUUAAUGGUGGCAGAGAAGAAGGGGACGAUUCGCUUUUACGACCUGGUCACCCAGCAGGCCAUCCUGUCGCUGGACUGCGGACACACCGGCCCGCUCAUGUCUGCCGACUGGUGCCUCGCCAACACGAUCAAAGUAGGCGCUGUGGUGGGCAAGGAUUGGCUAAUCUGGGACAUCACUCGCUCCAGUUACCCACAAGAGAAGAGACCUGCUCAUAAAGACAAAGCUCGGCUAUUCAGGUGGUCUAUUGCCAAUGAAAACCUCUUUGCCACCACCGGAUAUCCCGGAAAAAUCAGCAGUCAGGUUUUCAUGCACCACCUUGGUCACCCACAGCCUGUAAUGAUCGGAUCGUCGUCAAUCGGAUCGGGCCUCAGUUGGCACCGGACGCUGCCGCUCUGUGUGGCCGGCGGUGACAGGAAACUGUGCUUUUGGAUGACUGAAAUGUAGCAACUCUUCAAAUGGGAUGCACUUUGUGUUUUUAUGUAUGUUCAGUAAAAUAUUUUUCCACAUUG